AUGCCAUGGAUGCAGAACUUCCGUGAGCUUGGGUUGCCGACGCUGCUCGAAGGAUACAACGGCAAGCCCGCACUCAUCAAGGCAACGGGCACUGUCUGUCGCGGGAAGGACAAUGCGUUUCUGGAGAUGUGCAUCAACGUGCACUCGUUCCCCGUCCUCACGCGGAAGUCCAUCCACUCGCUCAGGGGGAAGAUGAAGCAGAUGGUGGUUCAUCUCGGCACGACGAUUGAGGGCCACGCCGAUGACGAGUUGCCUGAGCGCAUUGCGUUCUGCUGCCGGCUGAUUCGCGUCGAUGGAUUUGAGUCGCCGCUGUUGAGUGCAGAGACCAUUUCGUGGCUGCAGAAGCAGGCGAAGCACCUCAACAACAACGUCGUUGUUGAGACAGCCACAUCUGGCAAAUGA